GUGUGGCCAGGAGCUUGUAGGCGGGGUCAGCGUUGAACAGUGACAGACCACGGGUGGUCAUAGAGAGUGAGGACAGCGGAGAACAUGGAAGAGACGAAGGGAUGACGUUGCCACUGCUGGCUCAUCAUCGUCUCAUUCCGCCCAGUGGUAGUAGUAGCAGUGCACCAUGAGCGGGCAGCGGGUGGAUUGCAAGGUGGUGAUGCUGGGCAAGGAGUCUGUGGGGAAGACCAGCCUGGUGGAGAGAUACGUCCAUCAUCGUUUCCUACAGGGGCCCUACCAAAAUACUAUUGGCGCAGCCUUUGUUGCCAAAUCCAUGAAUGUGGGAGGACGUAUUGUGACACUGGGAAUUUGGGAUACAGCAGGCUCAGAACGCUAUGAAGCUAUGAGUCGUAUUUAUUACCGAGGGGCCAAAGCUGCCAUUGUUUGCUAUGAUCUCACAGACAGCAGUAGUUUUGAAAGAGUGAAGUUUUGGGUGAAUGAACUUCAGAAUUUUGAAGAGCAUUGUCAGAUUUACAUUUGUGGCACAAAGACCGACCUCAUUGAGAAUGACAAGAGUAGACGACAGGUUGAUUUCCAUGACGUGCAAGAUUAUGCAGACGAGAUUAAAGGCCACCUUUGUGAGACUUCUAGUAAAACAGGCAACAGCGUGGAUGAUCUGUUCCAGAAGGUUGCAGAAGACUUUGUGAACUACAGCGACUUUCAAGUUCAAACAGAACCUAAAGGAGUGGACUUGACACAGAAAAGAGAUCUUACUUCAUAUGCCUGCUGCCAUUAGUGAAGAAAUAUGCCCGUGGCUUGACCAUCUCCCUUCUCUUGGACUGUUUAUGUGCGACGUUGAUUUUAUUUUUCCUCUUGUCAAGCUAGGACAAGAUUUUUGCUCAUUGGUUUCAAGAUGACAUGCCUGUUUUUAGGAAAGAUGACCUUCU